UAAAAUUUUAAGUUAGGGGCCACUGUGCUCCUAGUAAAAAAAGUUAGUCUGGAGCCCUGCUUAAUGAACUGUUUUCUCUUUAACUCCGACACACUUCUAUCAACACACAGCACCCCAAAGCGAGCGGAACAUUAACACCGUCACUCUCUACAGCCGUUUCUCCCCGCCUCAAAUCUUCGUGCUACGCUAGUUUACUGAAGCUUCAUCGUUCAUAUGUUUUACACCAAGAAACAACUUGGAAGUGGGCGAGGGUUGUUUAUGUGUUAUUAGUUGUUAUGCUUAGCAAACAGCUCCUUCUGUCGCUUCAUCCUGGACCGAUGUCAGUGUUCUCCUGUCUCACUCCAAGCUCAGAAACGCCGGCCGGCCAGUUGACCCCCCCAGUUGACCCCCCCCUCCCAAAACAAAAACUCUUCGGAUCUACACGAUUCACGUGGAUGACAAGUUUGCAGAGAGAGAGCGUCGUUCUGCGGAGCCUCACAGAUCUUCCUCUUGGGGGCUUUGGAGAAGACAAAGGGGACCGCCAAGACCCGGGACCGCCAAGACCCGGGACCGCCAAGACCCGGGACCACCAAGACCCGGGACCGCCAAGACCCGGGACCACCAAGACCCGGGACCGCCAAGACCCGGGACCACCAAGACCCGGGACCGUCAAGACCCGGGACCGCCAAGACCCGGGACCGCCAAGACCCGGGACCGCCAAGACCCGGGACCACCAAGACCCGGGACCGCCAAGACCUGGGACCACCAAGACCCGGGACCCCCUCCCCAGUCCGUUGGCUUCCUCCCUCCCGGUCUGUGCCAGACCUGGUCCUCCGGCUGCUAUCUGCCGGCUGUCAGAGGCCGGAUUGUUCCUGAAGGCAGCGUCACGCGGCUCCAUUCUUCGGCGCCGCGUGACGCCCAGAGCUCUGCCAGGUUCCCGCCGGCCGCCGGCCGCUCGGGUCCUCGAACGCAUCGCGGUCCGGUGACCGCAGCGUGCCGCUCGGCAUCCCGCUCGGCAUCCCGCGGGAACACUUUGUUUCCUCGGGAGGUUUUGAAGGAGCGAGGCGCGACGCCAAGAAGACCCGACCGUCCCUGAACACAGCCUGAGCAGGGCCACGGGCGCCGGGGUCACGCCAGGUCAGGGGCAAAGGUCAAAGGGCGAGGAGACACGAAAACAAUGGACCGCUUUUUGAAUUGUUCUCGUGUUCCCGGAUCAUAGAUAAUGUAGUCUCAACACGUCUGGUAGUUUAUACUAUAGUUAUUAAACUUAUGUCCAGUAAAAAGUCA